AUGUUCAAGCGCCUCGUCACCGUCGCGCCCCGUAUGGGCUCCAUCGCCACCCGCAGCACUCUCUCCCCUCUCUCCAGCCUGCAGUCCGCCAACACCAUCCGCACAUCGGCCCCCGCCCCCGCCCAGCGCAGAGGCUACCACGAGAAAGUCCUGGACCACUACAACAACCCGCGCAAUGUCGGCUCCAUGCAGAAGGGCGACCAGGACGUCGGCACGGGUCUCGUCGGCGCGCCUGCCUGUGGCGAUGUCAUGAAGCUGCAGAUCCGCGUUAACAAGGAGUCUGGCCGAAUCGAUGAUGUUGUUUUCAAGACUUUCGGUUGUGGUAGUGCUAUUGCUUCGUCGAGUUAUUUGACUGAGCUGGUGCGCGGUAUGACUCUGGAUGAGGCGGGUAAGGUUAAGAAUACCGAUGUGGCGAAGGAGUUGUGUCUGCCUCCUGUUAAGUUGCACUGCUCUAUGCUUGCAGAGGAUGCUAUCAAGUCCGCUAUUGCAAACUACUACACGAAGAACCCCAACGCCCGCACCACGGAUCUGUCCGGGACAGGUGCUUCUAUCCCUGACGUUAAGGUUGAGAUUGAGCAGACUACCAGCAGCCCUGCUGCUGCUGUUUAA